AUGAUCUCUGCAAACCAAGAGAAGCGCAGCCUCCGAGAUGACCUGGAGGCAAAGAUUCAAGAGCAGACGCGUCGCGCGAACGACUUUGAGGCCAGGUACAUGCAACUGCAAGCGCAAGAGGACAUUCGAUCACCAUCCCAACAACAGGCGGACAGGACGUUUGUUGACCGCCUCAUGAAAGACAAGGAAAGCCUUGAGAAGGGCACACAGAAAUUGCAAGAGCAGCUUGCCAAGGCCAAUCUUGCCGCCAACGAGCUAGAGGCCAAAUUCAACCAGGAGCGGCUGCAGCUUGAAGCUGCAAAUAUAGAUCGCCAAGAGCUGCUCCAAAGGCAAAAGCUCACAGCCGAGGAAGCGGCCCAAGCGGACAAGGUUUUGCAGCAGCAGAUCAGAUCGGCACAGGAGGCCGAGGUAAAGCUGUCAAACCGGGCAGCUGCACUGAAGGCCCUGAUGGAAGGUGAGCGAGUCAAGGUAGAGCAGCUCACCGAUGGUUUUGCACACGAGGCUGUGGGACAAAGAUCCCAGAAGCACCUGGAGGACCAACUGCAGGAGCUGAGCAGCCAGAUGGUGGAGAUGAGAUCCAUGCUGAGAUCGCAAAAAGUCCCGGAUGGUGCACAGGAUGUGGAGUUGACAAGAGCCUUAAAGGAGGUCUCGGCCGCCAAUGCCCAGAUCCAGACCGCGGUGGCUCGGGAACUCGGCGGUCGACCGAGUGCAGGUGCUUCAGUCACUCCGAAGGAUGCAAAUGCACCCCCACAGGAUGCUAUGAAGUUCAAGAGGGGCAAAGUACCAAGAGUGCGGGAGUUUCAUGGCAAACUAUGGGCAUCGACAGAUGACACAAUCCAGACAGGGCAAAAGGUCCGCCACACGAUGAUUGAGAGUGCAUUGGUGCGACAACAGACGCAGCUUUGCAAGCAAAUGAUCCAGGAAGUCGAUGCAUGCCGGCUGGCUCAAGCAGCUAACUGGCCUAGCAGGCCAACCUGA